AUGCAAGCAAAAAUCGAGGAUGAGUAUCUCAAUAAGAAAGACUACAGUCAUCGACCUUCCAAGAAAGUCGUCCUCAUCAAGUGGAUCACGACCUUGCUUUUGUUUGUACUGAUACUGGGAUUCGUUAAUUUCAGUAAGAUAUCGUUUAUAUCCAUUGCAAACCGAAUGUUCCAUGCAGAAAAGAACGGGCAUGCUCCGUGGAUGUUUAUAAUGCUACAGAUUGUGGCAGUAAUGCCUCACAUAUUCAACUUAAUAAGAGGUAUCUUACGGGGAGCUUUUCGUAAGGAUCUACCAUGGCCAUCGAAGAGGUCUAUGAGAGCGGCGACGGUGGUAUGUCUUCUGGAAUCAGUUGGGAUUACAUUCUUUAUCUUCAAAAUCCCCGGUAUCACCAAACCAGUUGUUGUUGUGCUCCUUAUGAUGUGCGUAUUCAUUGCGCCCAUCUUCUACAAUCUUGUGAUCAGCUUUUUACUUGGAAGAGAUGCGCGGGCAAAGGAUAAAUUCAGAUUCUUUACGGCGCUUGUAUUUGAAAUUGGUGGCUGUGGAUUGACUGGUAUGACAGUAGCGUAG